AUGCUGACUAACCGAUGCUUGCGCUCGCCAAUCUGCGCAAGAAUCACACUCUCGCGACUUUUCUACACUUGCAAUAUAGUCCCUUCUUCGGCAGCAAUAUCCGUGCGAUAUAUUCAGCAUGCAGCAGCUCCAGCUGGAACAGGACCCGCCGUGGCCAUCAUUGGCUCCGGACCAGCAGGGUUCUAUACCGCUCAGAAGCUGAUGCGGGAAAUCCAAGGCACGAAGAUAGACAUGUACGAACAAUUGCCCGUUCCAUUUGGGCUCGUCAGGUUCGGUGUAGCACCAGACCAUCCGGAAGUGAAGAAUUGUCAAGACACCUUCCAAGAUGUCGCCGCGUCCCCCGACUACACCUUCAUCGGAAACGUCAAUCUCGGUCACGACCUUCCUCUCCCUCUCCUCACAAAACACUACGAUGCCAUAGUCUUUGCAUAUGGGGCGUCAAAAGACCGCAAGCUCGGCCUGGAGGGAGAAAACAAACCACACAUCUACUCUGCGCGCGCGUUCGUGGGUUGGUACAAUGGUCUCCCUGAAUAUCGAGAUCUCAACCCGGACUUGGCAGCCGGGGAGACGGCCGUGAUCAUUGGGCAGGGAAAUGUCGCGUUAGACGUUGCUAGAACAUUACUGAGCAAGAUCGACAUUUUGAAAAGGACAGAUAUCACGGAAUCCGCAAUCCAAGCCCUGUCAGAAAGCAAGAUCAAGCACGUCCAUGUGGUUGGUAGACGAGGACCGAUGCAAGCAGCGUUCACCAUCAAGGAGGUGCGUGAACUACUUCAGCUAGACGACGUCAAUUUCACACCUAUCCCGGACAAUCUUUUCCCUCCAGACUUGGAAAACUUGCCCCGUCCCAGACGCCGGCUCAUGGAGCUCCUCAAAAAGGGCAGCCCUGUGAAAGAAAGCGCCACUAAGUCCUGGUCCUUGGAUUUCCUUCUCGCGCCACAAUCUUUCAAUUGGUCUGCGGCAGACGCGGAGAAAUUGGAAGGCGUGACGUUCGCUAAAACGAGACUCGAGCAUCCCGAGUCGCCGGAAUCGACGGUCACCAACACGGACGAAACAAAGCUGAUACCCACGUCCACACUGUUUCGAUCAAUAGGGUAUAAAGCAGAAGCCAUCCCCGGCAUGGUUGAGCUAGGCGUCGAAUUUGACGACCGAAAGGGAACAAUUCGACAUGACGGAUUUGGACGAGCCGUUCCGCUGUACAGUCCUGGUAUUGAAAAUACGCACCACAUCGGCCUGUAUUGUUCAGGCUGGGUAAAGCGCGGUCCUACGGGGGUUAUCGCAAGCACCAUGACGGACGCAUUUCAGACGGCUGAAGCCAUCGUCGGAGACUGGAAGAGCCGUACGUCCCUGGACCACCAAUCCCCCAGUCCCAAGGACGGAUGGAUAGGCGUCCAAGCCGACGCGAAAGCACUCGAUCUCCCGCUCCGCCCCGUGAACUGGGAUAAUUGGCAACGCAUCGAUAGUGCAGAGAAGACAGUGGGCGCCACGAAGGGGAAACCGAGAGAGAAAUUCGUCAGUGUUGCUGAGAUGCUUGAUGCUUCUACCGCUGCUUCCGGCCCAGCGUCCACGUCGUCGUAA